AUGGCGGUGGAGCCGGGAGGAGCAUGGGUGGCAGGGGUCGGAGGUUGGGGCCGGCGAGGGUCAGGGACCAGUAGGAGGUCAGAGGCCGGCAUUGGCAGGGGGCCGGGGGCCGAGGAGGCUGGAGGCCAGGGAGGGUCGGGUUGGCGAGAAAGAAAAUGUCAGCGUGGGUGGUGCUCCGGUGGCAGCCUGGUGGCGCCCUGGUGGCUGGGCGGUGGUCGGCUGGAAAAAAACACCGGGGGGGCCGGCGGUCGCUGGGGUAGCGGGCUGCAGGAGGCAGCUGGGGCUAAGCGCGAUAGGGGAGCUGAGCGGCGCGGGGAGCGGAGGGCGCUGCGGGUGGCGGUCGGGGAGCAGGCGGCAAUCGACGCUGAGCACAGCCGGGGAGUAGAGCGACGUGGUGGUGGCGGGGGCUGCAAUGGUGGCAGAGUCGGGAGGAGCACGAGCGGUAGGGGUCGGAGGCUGGGGCCGAUGGGGGUCGGGGACUGGCAGGAGGCCGGAGGCCGGCGCUGGUAG